AAUACUCGAUCACAUCCCCUAACCCCCAGUCCUAGCUCGGCAUCAAGUUGACGGUUUGGCUCAAAAUGGCUGGAGAGAAGCUGUUGUGAGGAUCGACGGUUUUACCACUUAUCUACCAUAAAUGAGACUGUGCAUUUUGAAGGCGGGCCCAGUACGUAACUGUGGUUCAAGAUCAGACAGGUAGAAGAGAUCUGAGAGCUGCAGUGUUUGAACUGAUGGCUGCAUCUGUCACAUUUCGGCUGUCUGUCUGCCUGGUGAAGACCAUUCGUCCGUCUGCUGUCCUUGCAGCCGAUCUGUGGCUGAUGACUGACAGCUGCUUUGAUGCUGAACGUUCCAUAGAGGGAAUGCUGAUUAGGAAUGGGAGACAAAACUCAGAGAGGGACAGAUGAGGAGACAGGAGGUUGUGUCCAUGCAGAUGCCACCCUGCGGGAGGGGGAGUAUGGAGAAGGAGGGUCAGGACCAGAACCCAGGCACCACCCAGAAAGAGGAGGAGUGAGCAGCUGAGGAAGAAGGAAUCCUAUGUUCAUGAGUAAGUGAGUUCCCCCUUCAGAUGAAGAGCCUUCAGUUCCGGAGCAUCGCCCCUAAGGUCCCGGCCAUGGUGCCCUCCCCCUGCUCUACGGUCCUAUCCUGUCAGCCUACCUCUACCCUCCCAGAGGCUACCACUGCCUCCACCCCCAAGUCCAUCAUUGUGCCCACCCAAAACUAUGCACUGAUGCAAAUAGCAGGUCAAGAUGGCACUUUCUCCCUGGUGGCGCUGCCCCCUUCUGUCUCCUCUCAGACACCGCAGCCACAGCAGCAACAAACCCAAUCAAUCCAAAAGAACCUCAAGUUGCCUAUUCCCAGAUAUCAGCCAGUGAGAAACAAGGGGAUCACAGAUAAUGUCAAAUCACCAUCACUAGAUGCCAAGAUGAAAACGCCCUCCAUGGUUUCUGUGACAGCACAGUCCAAGUCAGUGUUGGGUGGGGAAUCAACAUUGACAAAGAAAAAACAACAGGAAUCAAAGCUCAUAACCCCCCCCCUAGAACCCAAAGAGGAGGUUUCAGAGCACGUAAUUCUGAUUGACACAGCCUCUUCUGACAUCUCUGUCACUGCUCUGCUCCCAGACAACACUGUCCUGUAUUCCACCUCUCAGUUGGAGCGAGUACCAGAAGGCCAGGAACAACCCGCUAAAGCUGGCCUUAUUCAGAGCCUCCAGUACCCCCCUGCUCCUGUCAAAAGUUCCUCAGGAAAAUCCCAAGAGGAAAGUAAAACUACAGUGAGGCUGUGCCAGUCAAAGCCCACUGCAGCCCAACCCCAAGGCAGUAUCACUGUCCUGUCCCCAGCCAUCUUCAGUAAAGCAGUCCAGAUUGUUCCAUCCCCGCCAAAGGGUAAACUUCCCAUCUUGCCUUAUUCCAAAAUUAAGAGCACCCUCAUCCCAGCUACCAAGCUCAGCAAUUUGUCCCCAGAAAAGAAGGCUUUCUCUACCCACACAGGAUUCACCAGCACCUUACAUCCUACAUCCAAGGCCCUUAAAACAGCUGAUGCCUUUAGUGACAGCCAGUUGCCAAACUCUGCUCUACAACCCCAGUCCAAGACCACACUCAUGCCUGUACUGGGGUCCCUCCAGAAACCACCUGGCAAAAAGAGAGGGAGGAAGAGAAAGACAAUUGAAGACAUCUUAGCAUUUGAGGCCCGAAAGAAGCGGUCCUUGUCCUUUUUUCGUAGAAGGGUGCCUGAGAAACUGCCAACGGUUCUUCCAGGCUCCAAACAAAAGGAAGUUGAUAUUUCAAAGAAGUACCGGAGCAUCCGACCCAAACCGAUGUUGGUUAUGGACACAGUUCCCCAAUUGGUUAGUUUGCCUGCCAUUACUCCAGAUGGCCAAGAACAGGAGCUCUUCCUUGGUCAUCAGCUCCCCACCAGUACCACUUCCAAGAUCCUUGACUGUUCUUCCCAACCAACCCCAGUAACCUUUCACCUGAGAGGUGCUUCCCAUCCCAGAGUGUUCAUAGGCUGCCGUCCACUCCACCAUUGCCCCCCCUGCAGCCGCUGUUUCCAGUUCAAGCAUCACCUCCAGAGUCAUAUGAAUAGUCACACCAACAGUCGGCCCUACAUCUGCCCAGUAUGCCGCAAAGCCUAUGCUCACUCUGGCAGCCUGAGCACCCACAUGAAGCUUCAUCACUCAGAGGUACGCCCACGUCGGUCACUGCGCUGUGAGUUCUGCGAGAAGGCCUUUGGAUAUGUGGGAGUGUACUUCAGUCAUCUUAGAGAGGUCCACAAGGUGGUACUGACUGUAGAGCCAUCCAUCAGCCAUCAUGAGGAUGAUGUGUCCUUUGAGGGGGCUAACUCCCUUGACCCAUCAGAUGAGCAGGAUUGUGAAGACCCAGUAGAACUGCAGAUUAAAUGUGGUCGCUGCCAGGCAAUCACUCCCACCUUUGCUGACAUGAAGAUGCACUUGAUUUAUGUGCACGGGGAGGAGGUCCAGGUUCGACUUGACAAUGGCCAGCCCCUGCGGGGUGGCCGUGCUCCUGAAGAUGAGCUGGUAAAGCAUGCUGCCCACUAUUGGCGGCAGCUCAAUGAGAAACGCAAUUUGGUCAAGUGUGGCAGCUGUGAUGAGGAGUUCUUCUCCUUCUCCAAGCUUAAGAUGCACAUCAUGUCCCACCAUCAUGGAAGGAAGGAGGAGGACAGUGGGGCCAUUUCACCACCAGAUAGUGGCAGAGUACUUAGUGUCCUUGCAGCAGGUGCGGCCUUUAACUGUGUGCUUUGCAGUGAGGUGUUGGACACUAAAGAGGGAGUUAUGGAGCACUGGCGGAGUCACCACCACUGUGAACAACCUAGCCUGCUUUGGGAUGCCCUGAGCUCCUACACUGGACAUGAAGAGUGUGAGGAAAAAGGGGAUCUGGAUACUCCUGCUCCAAGCCCACACUAACCAGUGUAGCCCUUGGCUGGGCAUGGAGCCCUUUACUGUGGCUACUCCUCGUACACAUUCAGUCCUAACAAUUAGUAGCACAGGGAUGGAGAGUCUCUUUUAUGUCUGUUAACACUAGUUUCAUCUUUCACCAGCUGAUGCACAUGACUUGAUCCAAAAGUGGAAAACAAAGAAGAAGAAUAUCAAACCAAUUGUGAAAAUUGAUCUUUGUGUUACAGUUCAUAGGGGAUGUUCUCUGUAGGUCAGAGAAUUCACUUUUAUAAACAAUAUAAUUUUUCAUGUUUUUAUUUUUAAUGCACUGUUCUGUUUUCAGAGAUAUGUAUUUAAAAUCAUAUUGGAAAUGGAAUAUUUUAUUUUUUCUACUGAUUAUUUAAAAGUUAAGAGUAAUUUAUAACCUAGCUGACACGGUAAAGCUAUUAAAGGGUCAUUUCAGCCAAACGCUUGUCUCUUAUGGUAUCUAACCUUGCAGAUAAUUUCCUUUCAUUUUCAUUGUAUUUGUUUAAUAAUUAAUAUACAGAAAAAGCUAAUAUGCUGCCACUUUUCUUGUCAACACAACUUUUGCCCACUGUGACAUUAAAGGCCACUAAAAACACUGCAGCUGUUCUGCAUAAACCAGCAAAAAUGAACACCUCAAUUUUACAAAAGUAGACAAUUACCAUUAAAAUAUGAACAAGCCAUUUACAGUUUGGCUAACUGUAUUGAACUUGGCUGACCUGCUGCAGAGGCGAUUGUCAGUAGGUUUUGCAUCUUCGGUCAAACAAUUUCUCACGUCUGUCAUAAUUUAGAUCUGAAAGCUGAACCUGCGCUCUGUUGCCAUGCUGGAAACUGGACUCGCCAUCUCCACUGCAACCAAAGUUUUAAAGUCAGGCAAUAUUUCUCUCGGGGAGUGUUUAGAAGUUGUUCUGAAUGUGGUUUCCCAAUCCUGAAAUGCUCACUUCACCAGGAGGAAUCCGCACUGUGCACUGCUUCUGUACCAGAGGCGCAGCUGCAUCCUUCCGUGACUUGUCCCACAUGCGUUCUGUUGCCUCCAGUCUGUUGCUCUUCGAUGCGCUGUCAGCUCCCAAAUAACAAGAUACACUGACUACGUUCUCAGUUGUCUUUCAUCCACCGCAUUAGUUCCUCUUUUUCCACCUUGUUCAUCAACACCAUAGCAGUUACUGGGAUUUUUAGUAGCCUUACUGUAAGUUAGGGUAAAUUGCCCUGUUUUCUUAUCUGUCGAAAUGAUGGAUGGCCUUCAGAUUUUUCCAUCAUUAUUAAAAAAUUGUGUCAAUGAAAUAUCCAUUUAACAUAACCUCUCAUCCUAUGCCAGCUGUAUUUCCCAGAGACAGAGUCAGGAAGAAAGGCAACACUCCAUAGUCAAAAAAUUACCUUAUGCAUCAGUCAUAGGAAUGACUAUUUGCAGUGGACUAACAGAACCUAUGCCAGAGUCACACCAGAGACACCGCAGUUCCUGGUCAGCAUCUUAACCCUUAAGCCAUUUUUACUUGCAACACAAAUAGCAGUUCAAUUUAGAACAUGUGGUUUUAAAUGCUGUGACCUUCACAAAUUAAUUUUUAUUCACCCUCCAUGGUGUUGGAGUACAGGCAGAAAUCUCAAAGAAUACAUCUUUGACAUUAACUGAAACUACCUGAAAGAUCAGCCAGGAUACCACUAUGGGAAAGUACAAAAAUAUGUUUCAUUAAUUUGGGUGAACGGACCCUUUAAACUAUUGUGAAAUGUAAAUCUCAUAAUAAGGGCACACUGUCUACUGUCACACUGGCUGACAAAUUCUCUACUGGCCUUGGAUUAUUACAGGCUAAAAGAAAUCAGUAAUACAAUUAUUAUAUGUUAUAUUGCUCCUGUAAUGGAAAAUCAAUAUUUUCACUAAGAGCAGUACUAUGGUCCUCAGUCUGUCUGGACCGAUGAAGAAACACUUAACGAGCAGCCCGGUGACAUCCUUGUGGCCUUCUAAAAGAAAAAUGCUCUUCAUGCGCAAUGUGACUUAAUCAGCAUCGUCUUCUGUAGGCCAAGUUUUACCUCUUUGACUUGUUGAUUAAUGCCUAUAAUGUGUAUUCUGUAAUAUGCCAAGGGUCUAUUCACUCUGAUUGUAGAAGUCUUGCAUUUCAGCCACUGACAGAAUACUCUGUUUAGUAAAAUACAAAAAGGAAACCAUCAAAUUGCCUACCUGUUGUUGCCAGCUCAUGUAUGUACCUGUGGAAUUGUGCGUACCCAGUUAAUGGUAGGUAUAAACUAUUGUCAAGUCCAGACACAUAUGCUAUUUUAUACUCUAGAUUAAUACAGAGGUCUUUUAGUAUAUUUAUGCUUGUGGUUGGUCUUUAAAUAACCAGCAAAGAGAUGUCAUGUUUGCUUGUUGCUUUGUUGGGAGGCCAUUGCUACAUGGCAAGUACAGUAGUUCUGUUUAUAGUUGGCUAUGUUUAUCUUUCAUAAGGAAGAAAAAAAUCACAGGGUCAAGUGAAUAUACAUGAAUGUUUUAAAACCCUACCCAAAGUAUAUGCUAUAUAGACUUAUUCUACAGAUAAAAUAUAGAUACUGAAAAAAAACAUAUAUUUACAUAGAUUAACUAGUGAAUCAGCUGCUUUGUUCUGUCACAGCAGAGGAGGAAAACAAGAUGAAUAUAUCAUUGCCAAACUGGUAGCAAAAGCCAUGUAGAGCUAUUCUUCUGUGUCUGACACAAAAUGUAGGACUGUGAAUGAAGGACAAAGCAGUGAUGUGUACAUGUCGCACGCGGUACGUAAACUAUGGCAAAGUAGUACUUUUCACUGAAUGCUGUGUUCAUUGGUGAACUGUCCUUUGUUUUCAGUCCCAUCACAAACCAGGAAGUGACAGAAUUAAGGAUCAGUCUUCUUUGCUCAGAUGACAAAUGUACAUGAGUCAGCACAAGUCAGAAAACUCUCACAUUAGGCCAUAUAAAGUGUUUGGCACAAAACGUUGACUGUCCAAAAAAACACAGAAAGUGUUUGUGCUCAUGACUGUGUCCUGAAAAACCUGAUGUUUAUGACAAUAAAGAUCAGCUUUGUUGAGCACUUUGUGACUUUUAUUGGAACAUGGGUAGUCCAAUAGCACUUGACAGCUUUUCAGUGUUGAGGUCAGAACUUCAAAACUAGGUUACACAAAAAGGGUUUAGGUAGUAAUGAGAG